AAGAAAACUACAGGAGCAUUAUGAAGGUCAUAUUAAGGAAAAACCCCAUUUAAAUAUCCCCUCCAAACCCUCUCCGCUAAACCAUUUGCCACCAUGAAGCUCUCUUCCGUUUUGAGUUUGAACAACGGUCCCCUCUUCUCUUCCCCUUCUUCUCUCCAACUUUCUCUCUCUAAUCAUAAGCAAUGCAAUUACUCUCUCUCUCUUCCCAAUGUUGGUCCCAAAAGAACGGGCUCGAAAACCCUAAGAUGCUCUGCAAAUACAUUGGAUUCACCUGCUCUUUCAACUGAUGAGACAACGGUGAGGAAUGAGAGGAUGUCGUCGCUUGGUCAAGUUUGUGGGGUUUUGGGUUCUCAGUGGGGAGAUGAAGGAAAAGGGAAGCUGGUUGAUAUUUUGGCCGAGAAUUUCGACAUUGUUGCGCGUUGCCAGGGAGGAGCGAAUGCAGGCCAUACCAUAUAUAACAGUGAGGGAAAGAAAUUUGCUCUUCAUCUUGUCCCAUCAGGAAUUCUUAACAAAGAAACAGUAUGUGUGGUUGGAAAUGGAGUUGUGGUCCAUCUCCCUAGUUUUUUUAAAGAAAUUGAGGGUCUUGAAUCCAAUGGAAUUUCUUGCAAGGGCAGACUGUUUAUCUCUGAUCGUGCUCAUUUGUUGUUUGAUUUCCAUCAAGUUGUUGAUGGGCUUCGGGAAGCUGAACUUUCAAAUUCCUUUAUUGGGACAACAAAGAGAGGUAUUGGGCCCUGUUAUUCUAGCAAGGUGAUCAGAAAUGGCAUUAGAAUAAGUGACUUAAAGCACAUGGAUAUGUUUGCUGACAAGCUAAAGAUUCUCCUCAAUGAUGCUGUAUUGAGAUUCAAAGGGUUCGAAUACACUCCUUGUACUCUCAAUGAUGAAGUGAAAAGGUAUGAGAAGUUUGCCAAGUUGUUGGAGCCCUUUAUUGUUGAUACGAUACACUUCAUGAAUGACUCGAUUUCACAGAAGAAGAAGAUAUUGAUUGAAGGGGGUCAGGCAACCAUGUUAGAUAUCGAUUUUGGAACAUACCCAUUCGUGACCUCCUCUAAUCCUUCAGCUGGUGGGAUUUGCACUGGGCUUGGUAUCUCUCCAAGAUCUUUGGGUGAUUUGAUAGGAGUGGUAAAAGCUUACACUACCAGAGUCGGUUCUGGUCCUUUCCCAACUGAGCAAUUGGGCAGGAUGGGUGAAAAGCUUAGGGCUGCUGGGCAUGAGUUUGGUACAACCACUGGUCGACCUCGGCGGUGUGGGUGGAUCGACAUGGUUGCGUUGAAAUAUUGUUGUCAGAUCAAUGGAUUCUCCUCUCUCAACCUGACUAAGCUUGACGUCCUAUCCGGUCUUCCUGAAAUCAAGUUGGGGGUUUCAUAUAGAGCACAAAAUGGACAAGUACUGAAAUCUGUUCCAGCAGAUCUUCUAACUCUUGAGCAAUUGGUUGUUGAGUAUGAAACACUUCCUGGGUGGGAUAGUGAUAUAUCCAAAAUUAGAAAAUAUGAGGAUCUACCUGACGCUGCUCGCCUCUAUGUAGAGAGGAUAGAAGAAAUAUUGGGCAUACCCAUUAACUACAUUGGUGUGGGUCCUAGACGUGAUGCUCUUAUAUUCAAGUAAUUAAUUCCCUUAUGAGGUUGAUUAAUAGGCAUUUGUGUGAGGAAAGGCAGUCUUUCUCUAAUUUAUGUAUAACACAUUUUCUUGAUUAAGUAUUGCUCAAAGUCACACAUUUGCUUGGAGAAAGUUGGCUGAUUUUCUCAAAUGCUUUUCCUUAACUUGGUUUAGUUACAAGUGGAGGCUUGUUUAGCCAUAGAUUUGGUUUUCAUUGUUUAGCGUACUUGGGUUUUUCGGGAAUUCAGGCCAUGCUUGUUUUGUUA